UUAUCACUAGUUAUCAGUUGUCAAAAGCAACUGUUGUAAUUUUGUAAUAAGCUAAUGCUAUUGCAUUAUAACUACUGUUGUCCUUUCAAAAUAAUUUUUUUCGAUGUUUCGAUCUGACGUGAAAAACAUAAACGCAGUCGAUGAGUCGAUGAAUACCAUUCGUGAAAGCUUGAUUCGCUUCCAAAAUUCAAGUGCAAGUUUUUCUGGCGGAUAAUUCAAUUUUUGGUUUAGCUGGUUCGUGCUUGAAUCUUGAAAGGAUCUCACUUUGAUUCAAGUACAUCGGUGGUUCGAAUAGUAAAUUUUUCGCUCGAAUUGAAUUCAUGACCGAGCACCGAGUCGACGAAUAACAUAACAUGACUGAAACCGUAUCCGAAGUAUACGAUCUGGCCUAUCCGAGCCCCAUCACACUGAAACAAAUCUCAUCUAUCGUAAUAGUAGUAAGACUGUGGCGAAGGGAAAUCGACACAUACUUCGAAAGUAACAUUAAUCCGGAUGAAUUCAAUUUGACUGAACACAUCCAGCUGAAGAAUCUAAUCCCUGAUAUGCCAUCGACAAUUUACAAUACACUGUCUAAUUAUAUAGUCACGUUUAGAAAAUCGAUCGAGAAAUGGCUACGGUAUCACUGUGCUAAUAAAGUUUUCAUCUCGCCGGAAAUUAACAAGCAUAGAUGUUUUAAUAACAUAUUACGUCGUUUCCACGAUUUUGCAUGGGACUGGAAUGGCGCUAUUAAUUACGUCCGCACAGCCCGAAGAAUGCUGCAGUGCGAUCGAUUCUCUGACGAGGAGAAAUUCGCGAUCGCUUGUUUGUAUUAUUUCGAAGAUGAUAUCAAACGGAUUUGGCCUUCUGUCAGCACGACGAAGAUGCGUUUGGGUGAAAAUUCUGUUCGAGCUUGUCCACAAUUGUUCUACUGGGCGAACCAUAUGCCAGCCCAUUCGUGUAAUCCAUACUCGUAUUAUAAUUUAUCUAUUUACGGUGUGUUCAAUUUAGAUCCAUUGGAUAACCUGUCAUCGGUGGAGUAUUUUUGGAAUCGGUUUCCUGUAGAAGGACGCUCACGAACAGCUGUCGUUAUAUAUGAGAGAUGCGUCGAAUUAUUCGCUAGGUUCAUUUUACCACAAUUGAGCGAACAUCAACUGGAAGAGUUCAUCACUGAACGUGCUCCUGGUUUGAUAUUCAGGCUUUUGAUGUGUGAUUCGAGACGAUACGCCGUUCUUCCUACUUGGAUGUAUAUUAGAAACCAGAUGAGUGAAGAUCAAUUCCAUAAACUGAUUAUGGACCUGCUGUCGAUAGAGGCUGAGGGUGACUUCGUUGAAGAAUGGUUGAAACUUUGUCGUGAAAUAUGGUAUAGUGCUCCUCGACAUAUGAAACAACCGGUAUUUGAUGAUUUGUUAUCCGAAGAGUCAUCGUUUCUCAGAUCGAGUUCGCGAAUUGAGCGAUCGAAACCGAGACGAAUGAAAUUUCUGAUCACAGUAUUACACGAUGUGACUUUCGAAGAGAGAAACGCAUUUUGGCACAAGCAUUGGUGCGCUUUGAUCCGUAACGCCGAAGUCGAAGAUUUACUCGAAAUGAUGAACUUGUGCUUUCGAAACGAACACGAAAUACGUGUAUUUAAAAACGACAUCAUGUGCAAGUACGAAAACUUCGAUUAUUAUUGCAUCACGUCCCUGAAAGAAGGUCGUAUCGAUAAAUUAAACGAGUAUUUAGACUUUUGCUGCCCCGACGAGCAAAAAAGAAGACAGCUGAAACAACGAUUACUACGUGAAAAUCUCGUUUCGACUGUCGGCUUCCAGCUCUAUUACGAAUUCAAAUCGCUGAACGAGUUCAUCGAUGAUGCUUUCGAAAGGAACGAUGCUCGCGUUGAAUUUAAAAGCACAUUCAUUACGUCUCCUAUGACCGAACAGUUUUUAUUCAAAUUUAUUCGCGAAGGUGACUUCGCUCUUCUGAUGAAAUUCGUUGAUACUUUUGUUUCGCAGCAACCGGUCAUCGAGCCACUGAAGACCCGUUUAUACGAUUAUUUCAAAGAGCAGCUGAUUGCUGGUUGGUUUCGUACUGUUCAGCUCGUUAACACGGAUGAUGUACGGAGAGUUUUGAUGUGGUUGUUGGGUAACGAAGACCAAGUUACCAGAUUCAAGCAAUCGUUACCGGUGGAUGAUGUUUUUCGUAAUAUCGUGCAAUCGAAGCUGAAAAAGAGACGUAAUAGUGGAGUUGGCGGUGGAAAACCGAGUAAAUUUCCUAAAAAGCUGCAUUAUUUUUUGAUGUGGUAUUUCAAUCAAGAUGACGAAGAAAUUGACAAUUUUAAACAACGGUUUCGCGAUGAAUUAAAGAUUUUCGUUCCUCGUUCGUAAAAUUGUGUAAUUCUUGAAAUUGAAACUGGUUUUCAUAAUAAUUUUUUCAUUUUUUUAAUUAUUAAUUCUUGUUCAUUUUUUUUUUUUUUUUGUUAAUUGCAUACAAUAAGAUCUCUUUUUGAAGGA